AUGUACCUGGUAUGUUCUACUCAUCCAUAUCUCGCUUAUGCCGUUUUCAAAGUUGCUCGAUCUGUGGCUAAACCCACUUCUGAUUGGAACUCUGUAAAACGUAUUUUGAGAUGUCUUCGUGGUACUUCAGAAUUACGUCUCUUCUAUACUUCAUCUGGCGGUAAACUUUGUGCAUAUGCUGAUGCUGACUUUGCUGGCAACACUAAAACAAGACGAUCAACAAAUGGUUUUGUUUCAGUGAUUGGUGAUAUGGCUCUAUUGUGGACACCUCAACUGCAGAAAUCAGUUGCACUAUCCACCACUGAAGUGGAGUUCGUUGUUGCAAGUGAAGGAGCCAGGGACAAAGUAUUAUUUUAUUUUGUGCGUGAACUCUAUCAAAAUGGGGAUAUCAAUGUGGAAUAUAUUUGUUCAGAAAAUCACCAUGGUGACAUAUUUACAAAGCCUUUAAAAUCAAACAAAUUUAAAGCAAUGUGUACCAAGAUAGGACUUCGUAACUAA